AUGAUCGGGCACCUUAUUGCUGCUACCGCUUUUUUCGUCGCUUCAGCUAUUGCAGUACCAUUGUGCCGAUAUGUCUUGGGUGAGGCCAUCGAUAUUUUAAAUGCAGCCUGGCCUAAAGCAUUUGCCAAGUUUUUCAACUCCCGAGGCCAGAGUGUUUGCCUGGUUGGCGCUUACCUUGGUGCUCAAUGCACGACGGAUAACACCUUCAAAGUUGAAGCACUCUCUGGUGAUGGUCCUUAUGGCUUCGACAACGAUGCAGCCAAUAACUGCCUUUGUAACUCGGUGAUGUGGAACCUCAUGUCGGCCUGCGCUCUAUGCCAAGGAAAGGCCUUUGGGAGUUGGGGUCAGUGGAUGGCGAGCUGUCCUCCUAGCAUGAUCACUGUUGGAAAGUACCCUAUACCUUUACCUAAGGGCGUGACUGUUCCAUCGUGGGCAUAUUACGAUUUUACAAACAGCGGCAAUUUCGAUCCGCGAUGGGUACCAUCUCAAAAUUCGGGGCCCGAAUCUUCCGCCAUUGCCGCACCCACUUCGACCGGCCCUAAUUCCACAGCAACUGAUGUGAAUCCCAAUCCCACGAUGACCCAAUCCCAGUCGAGUUCGAACACAGGUGCUAUCGUUGGAGGCGUUAUAGGAGGCGUGUUGGGAAUUGUUCUCAUCUGCCUCAUCGCAUUUGUUCUCGUGCGCAAACGCAAACAGCAAGAGCCAACUAUCAAUAAUCCCAGGCCUAGUCAGAACCAGCAGAUGGCCGCACAGCCUAAUCUAGCCACUCCGAUUGCAGGGCAUGCAGCUCCGUAUCAACCUAGCACUCCCAACUCGGAAUAUAAACCAUACUACCCGAGCACGCCAUCAACAUUUCCAAGUGGACCUAUGUCGGAACACUACGCUCAAUCGCUUCCAUACUCAUAUCAGUCCCAAGGAACUACGGGUCAACCACCACAUCCUAAUAUCCCUCAAGUUUAA